UAUCCCCAAGGUAGGGACUUUGUAUGUUUAAGGCCCUCGAUCUCCUUUUCAUUUUGAAUGUACUGACCGUUUUACUUUGUCUUUGCAGUCAUAGCUCGCCAAGAACUUGACGAGGAGAUGCAAAAACGUUUAACCGCCAACCAACGAGUUUAGGAGCAGCUUAAGAUGAAGCUGUCGAAAGGCGACAUCAAGGUCCCUGAGCCCUGAAGGUAACUUUUUGUUUGAAUUACCUUUUGCUUAGUGUGCUUGCUUCAUCUCACCUUCCUUUUCCUCAGGAUCCUUCGAAAAGGUUGAAGGUCCGCCCUCCAACGAGGUCUGCUAUUAUCACUCCUCGACGGGAUGCCGAGAGGAGAGUUGUGGAUGUGGAAGACAUCCCUCGAGCAGCAGGGGAGGUCUCGAGAUCCAAGGGGAAAUCGACUGCAACCUCAGAGGCCGAGGAUUCUUUGGCCUAAGCGAAAACGCUUCCUCUUGCGAAGAAGAGGAAGGCGGUGGAGACCGAGGAGGACCUUCGGGACUUCACACAGAAGUCGAUCCUUGAAAAAGCUGACCUCUUUGACUCGUUGGUCAAGAGGCUCGUCUCGAAGCCUGAUCUGAAGCUGAUCAGGGGUUUAUCAGAGGAGGAGGAAGUCGAGCAACUUCACUCGUCCUGGAUUGACCAUUCGAUCCGUAUGGCGGUAAUGAGUCAUCGACAUACUGCCGGCUUCCGCAAGCUUCGAGAGGGCUUGAAGGAGAAGACUAAGCUUGCCGAGGAACAUGCCAAAGAGAUCAAGGUCCUGAGCAAGAGCCUCGAAGAUGAAAAGGCUGUCUGGGCUAGCGAGAAAGCCGCCCUCGAGAACAGGAUCAAGGACCUGACAAGCCAAAGGGACAGUGUCCAGCGUAAACGAGACGAGAUCAUCGAGGAAUGGAGAACCUCGAAGGCCGGUCUCGAGUUCGCGGCGGACAUGGGUUUGGAGGCGUCCGAAGUGGCUGCUCUAAAGGCGGUGGAUAGGCUCCAGACCGCUUUUAGGAAAGUGUAUCCUCAGGCCAGUUGGUCUCCGAUCGAGGCAGAGUACAACAUUUCUGUCGAUGCGGCCUUCCACGAAGGCAAUGAAGCCGGUCCCGUGCUCGAGGUGGAUGACGCCAUUGAUGUUGCCGAGAUCCUGGGUGAGGAGCCCCAACAAGCCACGGACCCUCAAGCCUCUGCGGAGCCCGUAGUUCAGGAGGAGGCGGUCCCAGAGAGCUCAAAUGAUCAGGCGGCUUCGAACGAGGACUCCUCAGAUAGCGAGGAUGUCGAGGCGGUUUCUGAGACCUCCGAGAGUGACUCCUCGAGUAGCUCCGACUAGAUUUAUGUAUUUCCUUUUGUAUUUAGCCACGCCCUGCAAGGCGUCUUAAGUUACUUAUUUUGGUAGAAAUGAAUAUUCAUUUUUAGCUAAGCCCUUGUGGUUUUUAGGAUGUAC